UAUUCAGGAAGUGUGUCCUGUGUUUGUGGAAAUAUCGUAAACAAACUGUCUUUUCUGUCAACUUGAACGAGUGUAUUUUUUCAUUUCAAGUCAUUGCGUCUGUGAAUCCUCAACUCGACGACGUCUUUCGAAUAGCCUCGUUUUUUUUUGUUUUUACGGUUGUCCACAGCUGCCGGACCACAGUGUUUCUCGCUGUGUGUUACCCGGACCAGGACGUUCUUUUUAGGCUCGACAUAUAACGUUAUAUAUUUUGUUGUUGUUGCAUUUUUACGUUAGUGCAUUACUGAGAAGAAAGCAUGUCUGAUUUGAUCCUGGUGUUCCUGCUACUUGUGCUCCUGCUGUGUCUGAUUGUGACAGUGGUCGGCUUGCUGCUGUACUCGGGGCUCCUGAGUGAUGUGACUAUAAAGACCGGGCCGCCUCCGGUCAGAAAUGUCACCAUCGCGUAUAAGUUCAAGGAGGGAUCGUACAAGGACAGCGGUGCAGCCUACACAGAGAGCUGCAGCAUCGGACCACAGCUGAGCACCGUCGGUGUCUUCUACGAUGACCCCAAACAGAGGCCAGCGGAGAAAUGCCGCUACGUCGUGGGGAGUGUCCUGUGUGAGGGAGAUGAGAAGCCAGAUGAAGAACUGCAGAAGAUGUAUGAGAAGUUUGGCUUCAAGGUGUUUUCUCUGCCGGAAGUGAGCCACGCUGUGACCACCAGCUUCCCCGCCACCACCCCUUUGUCUCACGUUGUGGGGCCUUACAGGGUCUACCCCAGGCUCUCGUCCUACAUCGAGGAGAGGAAGCUCUGUGCGUUCCCAACUAUCGAGAUCUGUGGUUCAGAUGUCAUCAACUACAUGGUUCCACUGUCUCGCCAGACAGACUUCUUUGUUCCGGAGAUGAAGGAGGAGGUUAAAACAGAUGUUAAAGAGGAGGACUCUGACGAGGAUAGAGGAACUGACAUCACAGGUGCAGACUCCCACAGCGAUGUGAGUUCAGUCAGCGGCGGGGUGCCCUGGGACAGCAGAGAGACGUCUCUGGCUGCUUCCACAGCCGCCUCCCUGGCAUCUUCCCUGCCUCUGAGGGACGUAAUGGACACCAAUGAAGACAUUAAGCACAGGGACAGCAGCGACAGAGGUUCGAACGGGUCCAUGGGCAGCGGCUCGUCCUUUGAAGAGCUUGACAUGGAUCAGGAGGAGCAGGGGCCGGGAGAAGAAAGAGAGGAGGAGGAGGAGGGAAAUGGAGAUGAGGCGGAGGUGCCCGAGGGUGAAGACGCAGCUAAAGAAGCAGUUGAACUGGUGACUGAGAAGAAGGAGCCCGUGGGGGAUGGAGAGGAGCAGGGCGGAUGCUGAAGAUGAUAAGGGAUGAGUCCGUGUAACACUGGCAUGCAGGAGAGUUUCUCAGGUGUCGCUGGUUAUCUGUCAUGUAAUCUCGCUGGUUGAUCUAAAGCUGUUCAUGCCAUGACUCCACACCGUAUGUCUGCGCCUUCUAAUUCUCUUUUUGAAGCCUGAGCGUUUUGUUAUCGUCUAAUCUCGUUUCUUUUUUUAAAUAAUUCCUCAUCUUAUAUUUGAACUCUGUCAGGAACGGAAAACAGACCCAUUUGGUAUUCUUGUGUACACCUAAUUUUCUCCUCACAUGGUUUUCAGCAAAGGAGAGGCAAGCUUUGUUCAACUCUAUAUUUCAUUUCAAACUGUAAUCCUGUGUAAACUCCCGCCAUUGCUAUUUUAAUGUAGGUGUUACACUUCAGUUUAAGGAAUACUUCAAUAGAUGGUCAGUGACGCCAGAUUAUAACAUAGCAUAAUUUUGCCUGUGUGUUGAAGUUACCCCACUAUCAAGGUCAUCUUUUUGAUUUUCUACUUAACGUGUUGGUGGAUUGAUAUACAGUAAUAAUGGGGUGAAAAUGUGCAGCAGAAAUGACUAAAGACAUUUUACUGGACCUAAUUAAUUGUGUUAUUUUUUCCCAAUCGGGACAAUGUAUAUCACAGAGGGGGAAACUCAGAGGGAGAAUAAACAUGCAUCAACACCAGUAAAGUAACUUAUCUAAAAUGCAAUUCACUAGCUAAGACCACGCCAUCAAACCCCUUCAAGGCCUUACGAAAAGUUGGAAAAAAAAGAGGGAGAGAAAAGAAAAGAAAAAGAAAAGGGGUUGUGAGGGUGGGGAUUUCAGAAUGCGUACUUGAGAAGAAGAAGAGUGGGUUGAGCUGUAUUUAGAGAAAUACCGGAAGAGGAGUGUUGGAGGCGUGGUCUUGCUCCUGAAAUUAUGCUAAUUAGCUCCACUUGAAAGGUGUAAACUAUUCCUCCUGGAUAGUGUUGUGUAUAUGGUCUUACUAUGCUCAGAUAAUGCUUUAGUAUUUUAAUGUAAUGUUCUCUUCUAUAGUCAGUUUGUUAAACCACGCUGGAGAUCUUUUUGUUGGCAAAAUUCAUUCCCUUCCAGAGGCUAGUCCUAUAUUUGUAGGUUGAACUUGUUGAUUGGUUGAAUCGAUGGUUGUGUCUUUCUGUCUGUAUUAAAAUUUUCAAUGAAAAGUCAAUUUGA